UCUGAAUCCAACAUGAAAGUACAAAAUGGCGACAACAUUCAGCACCGGAACACAGAGCCCAACAUCACAUAAAGCCCUAGAAAAGAUUUUCGAAGAAGCUCAGUCAACGGGGGCAGUGUGUUUAUGUGGGAGAAAAUUAAGAGAAUAUCCAAAGAUCUCGUCUAGAUAUGAUUUAGUUGAUACAAUCUCUGCUGAUUUGUCAAAGAAUAGAUUUUCAGAGGUGCCCAAAGAAGUCUGUGAUCAUGCCAUGCUAGAGGAAUUAAAUUGUUAUCAUAAUGUUAUCAAAGCUAUACCAGAAUCCAUAGGGCGAUUACAAAAUCUAACAUUCAUUAAUUUAAGUCGAAACCAGUUAGUAGUUAUACCUCCCUUUAUUUGUGAGCUUGUGUCUUUAGAAGUGUUGAUAGCUAGUCAUAAUAAAUUGAUAUCAUUACCUGAAGAAAUGGGAGUUUUAGACAAAUUAAUGGAAAUAGAUGUUAGUUGCAAUGAAAUAUCCCAGCUCCCCCCACAGAUUGGUGAUCUCAAAUCAUUAAAGUCGUUAAAUGUUCGGAGAAAUAUGUUAAUAGAAUUACCCAUAGAACUCAGCAAAUUAAGUUUACGAAAAUUAGAUUUUUCAAAUAAUAGAAUAUCAGUAAUACCAACAGCAUUUAGAAAAAUUGAAACAUUAGAGGAAAUUCUGUUGGAUAGUAACCCAUUAACAAUGCCACCUGCACAUUUAUGUACAAAAGGAAAGAAACACAUUAUGAAAUAUUUACAAAUAGAAGCAAUAAAAGAGGACCGUAGAAGAGGUGUUCUAAAUGAAGCAGAAAUGAAACGUCUCGUCAGAAAGUCUCUUCCAGUAACACAAACAUCUGAUGAAUUCAGAAACAUCUUGGAAUCUCCUGAGAAAUGGAAACGUCACACAGUUCUCAGUAGUGAUUCAGGCUACAGUACAACAGAUAGUAUAGAGAAAUGUGGAUGGUCAGCCUCAGAUGCUAACAGUGAUUUGGAUAGAGCCAAUAUGCUUGCCUUACGCUCAGCUGAAAUGCUUAAGGAUCACAGAGUUCCAAUUAAUGGUCACAUGCAGUCGCCUCCACAGGUGUAUCCCAGAAAAUCAGAAAAUAGCCCAUCGUCAUACCCAGAGUCAGUGAAACCAAGUGUUCCUCAAAAUACCUAUGGGCAAUAUGGCAAUAAUUAUAAAGAUAGUACUGGUCAUAUUAACAAUACAGAUUAUCAAAGCAAUAAUGUAAAUGGACCUGUGAUGUAUCGAUCUAACUCAAAUUCAUCAAAUGAAAAUCAAAAUUACAACCAGAAUACCUAUAGUAACUCUCCAGUUUAUUCACAGUCUAGUGCUAUUUAUUCACAGAAUAAAGAAGUUACAAGUCCAACUUCCAGUAGACAGCAACCUCAAUACUCUUCCCAAUCACCCAAUAACCAACAGCAGUAUGGACAGUAUACGACUAACAAUGGCCAGCGCUCAGAAUCAAAAUAUACAACACCACUGUCUCCUACACAAAGUAGAUAUACCAACUCACCAAACACCUUUCAGUACACAUCACAAGUAAAUCUGGGACAGAAUGUUAACUGUAGGGUGAAACCGUCUCCUGUUGUCACUAAUCAACAGUAUAGUCCAGAGGCAAGUCCUACUUCUCCAAGGACACCUAAAACUCCAACGCCAGGAUACUAUCAAUCUGGACAAGUGUAUUCUCCAACCUAUGGAGGUUACUCAACGGGAUCCAAUUCACCUAAUGCACCAAUAACACCAGGGACUCCUAAAGACAUGGAGAAUGAAAUAUCAAGGGAAUUACAAAGACAACAGGCUGACUAUAAUAGGAAGAAACAACAAGCAGAACAAAUAAGAAUGCAACAUGAAGAAGAAUGUAGAAGACAAGAAGAGGAAGAAGAUAAAGAAAAAAGAAGACGUGCGGCCCACAGAGUACAGGAGGAACAAAGAAUGUUAUUAGAAAGACAAAUGGAAGAAGAGAGACAGAGGGAGGAAUCAAGAUUACAAGAAGAAAGAAGACAGCAGGAAGAAGCUCACCGAAAAGAGGAACACAGGAAAAGAGAAGAAAUCAGAUCAUUGGAAGACCAAAAGAGAAAAGAAGAAGAACAUAAACAAAAACAAGAGGCCCAACAAUACAAAGUGGAAAAUAAGAAAUUGAAACCACGCUCAAGAACACUAGACAAUGUUAUAAGUUAUGGGCAUAACCAAGGUUGGCAUGACAGACCAGGGAUCAGAUAUAAUGGACAUACUGCAGAAUCCUUUGGCAUGCAAUAUAGAAAACCAGGUAUCAAAACGUCAAGUCUCAACAAGGAGGACAAGAAACCUUCAAAUUCUACUCAGUACCGGAGAACUGUCUCGGACACAGCGAAAAAACUUCAACAGCCUGCUAAUAAAAAAUCAAACGUUGUAAAAAAUGGACCACUUAGCCCUUCUUCAUCGAGUCCUUCUACACCAUUGAUAUCACCAAGUCCAAGCCCAAGGUCAUCAGUUAGUUCUGCAGGACCAAGUCCAGCUUCUUCAAUAACUUCUUUGAAUAAGGACCCUAAGAGUGCUGGUGGUUCUAUACCAAGAAGGCCAAGGACAAUUGAUAAAAAUCCUGCUCCAUCCACACGGCCAUCACAUGGAAACGUGUCUCGACCGUCUACAACGUCAACCUUGCAAUCUAGUCGUACAACAUCACGGACAACAGGAGUGACAAAUAGUGCUGUGAAAAAGAAUCAUGUGACACCUGAAGAAGAAUUCCGACAGAAACACCAACAAAUGAAAACACAAACACAAGUGGAAUCCCAGAAAGCCAAAAGUCAAUUAGAAUCAUCAACAUCUAGACAGAGAACUUCAAUGUCAACUACAGUGCCAAGGUCUACAAACUCUACCCUCAGUAAAAGAGGUGGAACAGUUUUAACAAACAGUGCAAUAAAGCAAAUUGAGAGUUAUAAAGAUUCUGAUCCUAAUUACACAAUACGACGUCAGAUGGAACAUGAACAUGGAGAAGCUAAACAAAUUGAUUGUCUGCGGCGGACCAUAGAAAGCAGAUUAAAAGUGACACUGCCUGAUAACUUGCCAGAAACAUUACGUGAUGGAGUACUUUUAUGUCAGUUAGCCAAUAGUAUACGACCGAGAUCUGUCACCAGUAUACAUGUACCCUCACCUGCUGUGCCAAAACUGACACUGGCUAAAUGUCGGAAAAAUGUUGAGAAUUUCUUAGAAGCCUGUCGAAAACUAGGAGUUCAUAGGGAACAAAUAUGUGGUGCUCAAGAUAUCUUAGAAGAAAAAGGUGUAUCAAGGCUUGCUGUGACUACAUCUGCUCUAAUUGCUGUCUCAUCAACUAAUCCAAGAUCUUCAGCUGUUUGAAACUACUAAAACAUGAUGUUACCAAAGACUUGAGAGCUAGUAGCUUGUGACUACAGAUCCUGUUGUUUGACAAAGGACAAUUGUCUGGAUCAUGCCACUUAACAGACCAACUAAUGCUUCUUUAACUUCAGUAACUAUAACAGGGUGAUACCUAUGGUCCUAGACUAUAAAUGAAGGGAUAAGAAAAUACAUCUGUUGUAGAAUAUGUAAAUUAUUGUUCUCCUUGUAACUGAAUAUUAGUAUCAUUGUAACUAGAAAAACUGUGAACUACUUGUCAUUAAAAAGGAGUAAUGUUAUAAUGAAUAAAAAAUUAAAAUUAAAUUAUAAAAAGAAAACAAUGUAAUAAUGUAUCAUCAUAUCUUCUAUAGAAACUGUGAUCAUUAGAAAAUCAUCAGUAACAAGGCUUGAAAAAUGAGGGACUAAAUGCAAUUAUUCAUUAAAUGAUAAGUUUUUAUUGUAAUCUUUCUCUGAUCUAAUACAUAAUUAAUAUCUUUCAAAUCUGAAAAACGUGUCAUUAAAUUGAGACCAUGAAAUUUUUUAUAUUUGGUAAAUUUUUUUAAUUUUUUCGAAACAUAGUCUAUUGUAUAGGACUUUUAAGAUGCUAGAAUAGUAUAUCCAUUAUGCAAAUUUAUUAUGUAUGUGUUGGAUUGUCAUAAAGUUCCUGAAAAUUUUCAAGCCUUGCAUUAAUUCAGUUGUUAAUAAUAAAUCAUUGUUAAACCAUAUCACUUUUAUAUCUUGUACAAUAUAUAUAAUAUCAAAUAUACUAGAAUAGGCUAGGGCUAAAUAAGAAAAUAGUGCAAGGAUUUAUAAAGCACUUCUAUCAUGAAAUGACUUAUAUCCUAGUAAGUGAUAAUACUCACUUGAUUAUAUUCUUAUUGGUCUGCUAUAAGCUUAACUGCUAAUCAUAAUUUAUAUCCUCAUCAUUCUCUAUGUAAACUUAGCAGGAAUUGUUUUAAUCAUAUGUCACAUUAUGUGUUAUUACCUGUUAAUUACAAAAGUAUCAUUUGUUGCUAAUCUAUAUGACAGUUUUUUUCUUCCAACCUUUAGUAAAUAUGUUUGAUAUCAAGCUAUGUAAAUACAUUUGCUUGUAUUGAUUUGCUCAAAAGACAGGUGCUUUCUUUGAUGAGAAAAAAAUUCCCCAAAAAAACUUAUGGGUUUUCAUGCCUGUGUUUUGCUGUCUCAUUAACAAUUCCUUUUUAUUACGUGUAUUUAAAUACGAGAACCAGUAGAUAUAUAUACAAUCAUACACCAAUCAUAUAUAAUUAAAGUUAAUUUUGUGAAUAGAAUGAACAGUAUCAUCAUCAUUAAUGCAAAUAUUACAAGUAAUUUAUUUUGAUGGAUUUAAACCUUGAUUCAAUGCUCAGAUGUCUUGAUCAUGUUGGUUAAAGUUUGUUUCUUUUCCAUAUAAUAUAAACGGAGAUGUAUUAUCACCCACAGUUUUGUUAGGAAUCAGAUGUAGACAGGUUUUUUUUUCCUUCAUUAAAAGUCUAAAAUGACUGGUCAUUUAUAUUACAGACUUUUUAAAUAAACCUUUUUUUUUUAACUUUUCCUUCUUGCAACAAAACUGCUGGGAUAUUAAAUGUUUUUUCUUUUUAUUGAAGUUGAUGAAUUGAAUGAAAUUCAAACAAUCUUUUUUAUUAUUAAAUUGUUAUGUUACCAAAAUCAUUGCCAAAAUCUGAAGAUGUUAUUUUGUAUUGUUUGCAUUAUGAAGUAAUUUAAAGAUGUUUAAAUUACAUUGCAAUUGACAGGCCUGAUUACUCAACAGAGUUGAAGUUGAAUGUUACUCGCAGUAACACACAUCAAAAUCUACUCAUGGAUGCUGUUCCAAUGCAGUAGUCUAAAAAAUUGAUACUUUUUUAGUAUUGAGUUGUCUAUCAACAAGUAUAAUAAGUUAAAGUAAUUAUGUUAUUAUAUGUACAUGCCUUAAUUUGAAUGAUAAACUACAUUUCCACUCAAAUAAUGCCUUGCCACAGGGGUAUGAUUAUUUUCUCUCCAUAUAUUUAGUUAACCUUUUUGGGGCCAUGUACAAAUAUCCCAGUCUAAACUGUUAAUAGACAGAAUCCCUUGUCAUUUUUGUUCAAGGUAUGAGACAGAAUGACAAGCCUCAUCAGAAACCUUUUCUUACUCUCUUUCCUGCAUUAGAUUCUCAAUCCCUGUUAUAACAAUGGCAACAUAAAUGAUAACUAUAUAACUUACAUAGAUUACUUGAAAAAUCAAGACAAAUACUAUAAACUGAGCAAUUCCAGAAUUGUAUAUGUGAAUCUUUUCCUACACCAGACGUUUCUGGUUAAAUAAUCAAAACUUAAACAGGUUAAUUUCGGAACAAAUUUUUCGUGGUAAGAAAAGGUUAAUACAGAUACAUUUUAGAUAGAGGUGGAAUGAAAUUAAUAAGUUGCCCAAAAGAAUAGACCAAUUAAAUGAUUGUUUAUUACCUACUGGAAUAGAAAAUUGUAUCGGUUUUUUUGGGAGUUAUUUAUUUUUGCAAGAACUCAGAUUUGCAUUGGGUUUGAUCCAACACAAUUAUACAUUCUCACCUUCCACCCAUCAACCCUGUUCAUGCUGGUACUUCUAUUAAGUUACAUAGGCUUCAAUAUAUGUUUUUUCAAAAGGAUUUUUUUUGUUUAAAUGCUAAUAGAUUUUAAUAAUGUGUACAUUAAAUUACACUGUCAGAUUACAUCCUUCCUUUUCCAUCGUAUUGAUACAAUUCUUAUUAUAUGUGGAAAAACUACAAUAUAUUAUUAUAUUAUUAUGCACUUAUUAGAGAGUAUUUGGAUUUGAUUUUGUUAUUUUUAUCACAUAAUUGUUUCACCUGUUACAAUAGUCACAGAAUGCAAGAUAUAGAAAUGCUUAUCCAGUGCGGACAAACUAUUUGUAUUAAGCUUUAUAAGUAAGAGGGUAGUAGAGUUGAAUUAUCAAUAUCUUUUAUACAGAUACCUUAUUGUUUGUAAUACUCUUGCCUUGUACCUCAUUUUACAAUUCAGUGAGUUGAACUACUUUUCGAUCACUUCUUUUUUUUUUUUCAUUUGUUUUAAAUACAAGGACACAUUUAUUUGGUGUAUGAGUUCAACUGACCUCUACUUCAAUGAUCAUGGUUCCAUGUUCCAUGUUUAUUGUUUGUGAUCAGGUCUGUUCACAGAUACUAUUAGGAAAUAUGUUAGAUAAAAUCCACAUAGUGAAUGCAAAGUUUACUUGUCUUUUUAAAAGGUUCAUUUGACAUCGACCUUAUUUUUAUUGAUCAUUAAUAAUGUGAAACUAAUGUGAGAUUUCUGGUACAUCCUUUAAUAUCUAAAUAUUGUCUACAUAAAAACCCAAUAAUAAUUUAAUAGAAGUCAGGCGUGGCAUUUUAGUGUAUACACACUUGUUUUUGUUGGGAGGGUUGAGUUACUGUUAUUUUUUUCCCUUUUAUACUAGCAAUGUCUCCUGCUGUGCACUUUUAUUUUUAUUAUUUCUUUUAAUAUAUUGUGUCUGCUUCUUUGUUGAUCUUCCUUAAUUAACUGUGAUAUAUAAUUCAGACAAAACCAUUCAGUGUCAUAAUGCUUUUUAUUCAUGUAGACUCAUAUGUGUAAAGACAUAUAAAAGUGUACAUAUAUGUAUAAAUUAUUUGUUUUUAAGUAUGCUUUAUUUAGAAAAAAUAUAAAACAUAUAAAUGCCUUUUGCACAUAAAAACUUG